AAACAAAGCCAAACAAAUCAAACAUCUAACCUCGUAGCAAAAUUUCACCUCUCUCACUCUCUAUCUGUCGAUUUGGUAGCAGUACAAAAUUUGUAGUUUUAUCCCAUUUGCAAAUAUGAAUCGUUCUGUUGAUAUGAGCCCUGAAGAUUUGGAACAUUUUAGAGAUGCUUUUGCACUUUUAGAUCGUGCUGAAGAUGGUCAUGUUACCAUUCAAGAGUUGGCUAUGUUUAUGCGCACUUUGGGUCAUGAGCCAACCGAUGCAGAACUCUGGACAAUGAUCAAUGAAGUGAAUAUGGAUGGAUCGGGUACCAUGAAUUUCGAGGAGUUCUUAACAAUGAUGCAACGGAAGAUGAGAGAACCAUUCAAAGAGGAAGAAUUGCGGGCCGCAUUUCGGAUAUUCGAUAAAGCUAAUACUGGCUAUAUAGACAAGAAUUCUCUUGCCGAAGUCUUCAUUGCCGUGGGUGAGCAUCUAAACAGCGAAGAGAUGGAUGAAAUAAUACGUGAAGGCGAUUUUGACGGGGAUGGCAAACUAAAUUUUGACGAAUUCGUUCAAUUGCUUACCCAAAAGUGAUGGAAACCAAAAGAAAUCGAAGAGUCAAGUGAGAGAGGAGGAGAUAAAACAGAUUUAGAAUUAGAUGACGAUAUUGUUGCCUAACAUCAAGGAUUCCUAGAAAAGCCUUACGAAUAGUAUUGACAAAUUAAAUUUUGAAGUAUUUAUUCGAUUAAUAACGAUUUUGUAGGCGAGUAUAUUAAUAAUAUAUAUUGGUACAUAUCGUUUUCUAUAUCA